AUGACAAGCCAAUCCCGCGAAUACAUCGCAAAGCAGUACGAGAACUACUCCAUCUACGUGAUGCUCGGCAGCCGCGGGGCCGAGCCCGGUUACCAGUGGGGGAUCAUCAUCCCUACCGCCACGCCCACAGGGCAGGUGUGGCAUGCGACCAACCGCGAAGGCAGCUGGAAGCUGGAGCAGAAGCCCUUCCGACAGCAUUCCGUUUUCGAUGAGCCUGGUGAUGGCCUACAAAGUCGGCUCGAUCGACUCGAGCGCCCUGGACUCCACCAGGAAGAUCUUGGACACGGUGGCUGCCGACGGCCAGCCCUCACCCAACACCGGGGAGGAGUUCACCUGUCGCGUUUGGGUUAA